AUGUUGUCCAUUAAUCCACUUCCCAGUAUAACAGCGGCGCCACCACCACCGCCGCCGCCGUGUGGGACACAGAUAUGCACACACAACGACGACGUCGAAGUCACGGAAAGGCAACAGGAUACGACUGCAUCACAGGGAGAUUCUGCUGAAGAAAACGACGGACGGGAUUGUUUGGCCCCCCGGGACAAAAAAGGGGUUCUUGAAUUGCGCCACUUUUCAGAUGUAUUUUUCAAAAUUUGCCAUCUCAGCAUGGAUGGAUCAUGGAUCACCGGACCUAGGACUUUUGAAUACAACACCUUGAUGGACUUCAAGACUGUUGGGGCGCAGAUGCUAACACUUUCAAAACAUGCAUGGCAGAUUGCUUGCAACCUCGUUUCUAGACGAGAGAAACAAAAUGUGGCUCCGAUUUUCCAGGCGAGAAGUCGUGUGGCCGUGUUCAUUGACGAAAUAUUUCUAGUUCACCUGACUGUGACGCCACAAGAGACUUAUGAUCUGUUAUUGAACUAUAUAAUAAAGAUGGACUGCUCGCACAAUAACGCAAGAACAAUUCCCGAGGAAACGAUGGACGGUCGUGGAAGCAGACUUCGAAAGUUGGCCAUUUGCAUCUGCUGGCAUAUGCGUUCAAAAGCACGCAGAGAAUUCAUGGCUCCGGGUCGUGCUCCGAAGGUACUGCAUGAUUUUGUUCGGGAAAUAAUUGCUGCCCGCAGGACCUGUUUCCGCUGUUCUUCGAAUGAAGUGGUGAAACCGGUUCGUCACACCGACUUCUCGUUAUACCUCGGAACCCCCGUCAACACCGGAAGAAAUCCCUUCCAUACACCGGAAAUGGCUCGCAACCGCUUUCCCGAACCGGGGUUCCGGAGUUUGAUGACGAAAGAGCCCCAGGUUUCAGCCCCGCUGGGUCGCAUUUUCUGGGCUGUCGAGCACACGCGACCACCCGAAGGCGUUUGCGGAUGCCCCGUCUCCGGAAUAAACGAAGUUCGGAAGCGUUCGGACAGGUGGGAACGAGAGACAGAAAAUUCCGGAACGGCUGAAAACUUCGCGAAGAAACCCGAUCAACAAGUGGUCAUCAUCAAUUCCGAAAAAAGAACACCGCCAUCAACUUCUUCUUCUUCUUCAUCUUCGCGCCGACUUUCCGCCUCUUCGCCGCCGUCUCUGGAAACUGGCAUUGAUCACGUCGUCGGCCAGCAGCGGAUACGUCGCCGCGUCGUGGAAAUACGCAAACUCGAAAUCCGACGCGAACCCGACGUCGCGGAGCUCCGUCAAGUCCGACGGCGCCCACGCAGUGGCGCCCCUCAACCCUCGCUCCGCCGCGUCUUUCUCUCGCCGCCACGCAGCAUCCCCGGUGUCCUUCCUCAGCUGUCGCAACAGCUUGUGGCGGAGCUUGUCCCCGGUGUCGCCGUAGCGAAUAUGCAGCUCCGUCGACUCGGUCUCGAUGACGACGUCGUAAACUUUCCCACCCCCGGGGGACGUUGUCACAUUCACCGCCUUGCCGGCUCGGGAGCGCAGUGCCGCCUGAUCCUCGCUCAACGACCCGGCGUCGGGUUUGGCAAAGAAGAAGCGCUCCUUGUGCGUCGUCGGCGCCGGCAAAUGCAAAUCGAGCAGCUCGGAGUUGUUGAGCACGCCGGCGAAAACGGCGGCGAGUUGGGCGCCGGCUGCGUUGGCGGCGCGGACCAAGGCGCGGCCCGGCGUCCGUGA